AUGGCCGGUCCCGGUGGUGGCCCCCCUCGUCGAAGCCACACCAAGUCUCGCAAGGGCUGUGAGACUUGCAAGCGGCGUCACAUUCGCUGCGAUGAGAACUUUCCUCAAUGCCGUAACUGCACUAAGCACAAGAUCCGAUGCCCGUACAACGAUGCCCCUGCGCCGGAAGACAGGGCUGGCUCGCCCGACAAGCCCGACCUCAUGUGGACGCCGGAAAUCGAGGCUACUAUCGACCAGUGGCGCCGCACGGGCAUGUUCCCGUUCCCCAGCCUUGGAGUCUACCCUGCGCCGGCCCCGGAGCUCCUCAGCCUUGAAGAUCUGAGGUUGAUCCAUCAUGUUGCUUCCAUCAGCCAUCAGAUGCAGGAGCUUGAUGCCAAUGACUUUGCCCUCUGGACCCGGCAGAUUCCCACGAUUAUUCGCAUCGGCGCGUCUCACCGCUACGUGCUGCACUCGCUGCUGGCCUUCUCCGCCAUGCAUCUUGCGUACCUGACUGGCUGCCCGACUGUUGGCAAUAUGGCUUACGAGCACCGUGGUGCCGCUUUGAAAGGACUGCAGGAAGCCAUCAACACAUUUUCUCGGGAAACCUCCGAUGCCAUCCUUGCUGCCUCGCUGGUCCUCUCCUGGCAGGCCACAGAUUGGCGGAGCUGGACCCAACUCAUGCAAGGAACCUCUUCGGUCAUUGAGGCUAUGGAUCCCUGGAAGCACGAGUCUCAGUUUGGCGACUUCAUUGCAGAGAGCAGUACCUUCCCGACAGCCCCGCCGUCCCCCACGCCGGAUCAUCAGCCAAGCCAGCCCCGUGAGGACGACCUGCAAGCCUUCCAACCUGUUUUGCAGCAGCUCCAGAAGCUCGAAUCGUACCUCAAGAAGAAUCGGGAGGAUACCAAGCCGGUCACGCAGCUCAUAACUUUCAUGAAGGGCUCUCGCAAAGUUACCUCCUCCCUGUCGGUAGCCCAGCAGUUCGACCGCCUGAAGCCCCUUCGCACUUGGCUGUUCUGGCUGCCUGUCAUGUACUUGCAAAAGAAUGGUGCAUCGCCUAGCGCAUUGGUGGUCAUUGCUCACUACUACACGGCUGCUUUGCUUAUGGAACGCCUCUUCCCCGAGAUCGGCGCGGCCUACUUUGGGAGCAUGACUAUUGGACCCGUCGAGGAUAUUGCUCGGCGCCUGUAUGCCAUCCGCAACUCCGGCCACCUUGACGGCGACCUGCAGACCCCGCUCAACCUGAUGGAGUUCCCCAUUGAGACCGUUAACGAGUUCCGCUCCCGGAUGGGAUGGCUUCAACCCGUGCGCACGCCCUCGUUCCCGCAGUUCGACCAGCCCAGCUUGUACAUGAACGAGGGCUCCCCGUUGAUGCUCUCGGCGAACCUGUCCUCCGAGUACCUGCCUUACGGGGAGAACGUGGCUUUCAGUUACAGCACGGAGGACUUGUCUGUCAUCCCCGAGUCUGGCCCGGCCAACAGUACCGUCAGCCCAAUGCCGAUGUCGUCGCCCUACGUCAAUCCACACUACCUCAACAUCCCCAGCCCGUCAUAUGGCGGGUACAGCCCGGCUUCGAGCACGUUUGGCGACUUUAGCGACAACUCCCCGGUAGUGUACAGUGAUGCUGAGGACAGCGCUCCCUACGGUGUCGGUUACGCAGCUGCCUCUCCUAUGCUGGGCGGUUCCAACACUUAUGGCGUCGGGCCUUCAUCCUAUCUGAGCACCAGUCCGGAUCAUCCGCCCCCUGAGGAUCUCUACUCGUGGCUUCCCCCGCAGCUGCCGGCCCAUAUGCCUUCGCCUUUUUUGGGCGCCGGGCAGGCCUUGCUUUCGGCCCCCGACUCACCUAGCUCUCAGUUCGUUCCGUUAGCAAACACAGAGCAGGGCGACCCCGCGGCAGACAUUACGCCAACAGAGGUGACCCCGACGGAAAUCACCCCCACUGUCCCGCUGAGCUCUCAGGCCAAGGGCAAGGGCAAGGCCUUCUAG